AUGAAAAGCAAGCUAGAGUUAAGAAUUACAACCGAAAGAAGCGAUAUACUGCAGAAAUGUCUUUCUGAUGCUGUAGGUGGUAUAGAAAUAGAGAAGACUGAUAAUGAGGUGGUUAUUCGUCUGGAAGAGAGCGGCAGACUUAUGAAGAAUGCGCAUGUUUUAGUAACAUACGCAAACUACAUACUCAAAACAAUAAAUGAGCUUGAGGAGUUUAAUAAAGAGCUCGAGCAGUAG